UUAUAUUUGUUAUAAUAACGCAAUCAAUGUAUAUUUUGUAACAGUUGUAAGUGUCAACAAUUUCUUAAUAAUGUUUGAACAUUACAUCGAGGCCGGAGCAAGGAGAAAACAAUAGACUGCAAUAAACAUAAGUUGGUGCAAUAAAUUGUCGAAAUAUCUAUGACACGCGGCAGUAUGUUAGCGGUGCAUCCGAGCGUCCAACAGAGGCGCAUUGCACGCCCGCUGCACACCAACGUGCCCAAUAGUCAACUGCAGUUCUUCUCAUGGUUGAGAGCAUGCCGCCCACCAGAUUGUACCGGAUCUAAAUCAUGUUAUGGAAGACCACACACGGUAGAUAAUGUUGAGGGUCGCCAAGUUUCUAAUAAACAGUAA